UGAAAUCGCUCGGCGGGCGGGGAGGAGGAGAAUUAGCGUUGGCUAAGCACGUCUGCUUCACAAGCGUCUGGAGAAACAGAGAAGAGUAGUCAUGGCUGAGAGCGACUGGGAUACCGUCACCAUCCUGAGGAAGAAGGGCCCGACUGCUGCGCAGUCCAAGUCCAAGCAGGCAAUUACUUCAGCUCAAAGAAAAGGGGAUGAGGUGGAGACUUCCAAAAAAUGGUCUGCGGGACAGAAUAAGCAGCACACAAUAACCAAGAACACAGCCAAGCUGGACAGAGAAACAGAGGAACUGCACCACGACAGAGUGCCACUAGAAGUGGGCAAAGUCAUUCAGCAAGGCAGACAGACUAAAGGCCUCACACAGAAGGACCUGGCCACUAGAAUUAAUGAGAAGCCACAAGUAAUUGCAGAUUAUGAGUGUGGAAAAGCUAUUCCCAGCAAUCAAGUAAUGGGAAAGAUUGAAAGAGCAAUCGGCCUCAAGCUGCGUGGGAGGGACAUUGGAAAGCCUCUGGAAGUUGUCCCACUAAAGAAAUGAAAAUAAAGCCUCGAAAUCGGUGACCCCAGCUGAUCUCGACCAGUCCCAUGCGGGACUGGGAUUUUACAUUGCCAAUCUGUACACAUCGGGGUUUUGGACUUUACUAGACAGACUCAAUGCAAUCUUGUUACCUGCUGUAAAAACAAAGUAUGCAUCUCUUCCAAAUAACACAAAAAAUAGGAAACGCAAGGUUCCUGCCAGGCCCAGCUGAUUUAAAUGUAUAGGCAGAUAUUGGAUGCUUAUUAUUGGUUCCCAUAUGUUUUCCACACACGCAGAUGGAGCUGCUUUAUAAAUUUUUAUUUAACUUUUUUUUUUUUUUUUUUUCAGCCGAUGGGAGGAUUGUUCCCUUUUUGUUGUUUAUAAGUUCUCACAUCCUUGUACGUAAUUGUAAAAUAAAAAUUCUCCUUCUACAUCUGAA